AUGGACAACCCUCAGUACCAGAACAACGGUGUUCCGACAUCCGCGGCCCAGACUUACCCGUCGCCCACUGCCAUCUCGCCUCACCAGCUGCAGACCGGCUCUCCUCUGCCGCAGACGCUUCCACCUCUGCAGCCUCAUACCGUUGCGAUGCAGCCGCUCUACGGUAGCCACCCGCAUACGCCGCGAACUCCAGGCACUCCCAACACGCCUACGCAGAACAACCUGCCCAGCUACCAGCAGCAGACGUCGCAGCCUGGUCCUCGGCCCGGCAUCUACUCAAUGGCACAGAACCCGUACCCUCACCAGGGAUAUGCCACAUCUGCGGCUAUGAUGCCCCAGGCUACCACGGCCGUCUCUCACCCUCAGCCGAUUGCUCCUGCGCCGGUUGGCGGUCGCGGCCCUCCUGUCCUGCGUCCCAUGCCCCCCGGAGGUCUCAUGGCGCAGCCUGGCGUGGCCUCGCCCUACGGCCCGGGUUCUCUGAUGCAGCCGAACCCCAUCCUCCCCGACGGCGAGCAGCCGACGCACGUCGUUGGAUCUCAGGGUCGCCGAGGUAUCUUGCCCAGCGCUCCCGGACGGCCUACUGCCCAGGCUGCGGGAACUGGCGCCAAGAACACCGUCAUCCCCGUCAAGGAUGCCGACGGCAAAUUCCCUUGCCCUCACUGCACAAAGACCUAUCUGCAUGCCAAGCACCUGAAGCGCCACCUGCUUCGCCACACCGGUGAUCGCCCCUACAUGUGUGUCCUCUGCCGGGACACCUUCUCCCGAAGCGACAUCCUCAAGCGUCACUUCCAGAAGUGCUCUAUCCGCCGAGGCAACCCCACGGGCGCUAGCCAUCUGUCCCACCCUCAGGCCCACGUCAAGAAGAACGCGCAGGCGCAGAAGGCCGCUCUCGAGAACGGACAAGAUCUGAACCACCUGAACGGACUUGGCAACAUGGGCGGAAACAACAUUGUGCACCCCUUUGGCAUCGUUGCCGUUCAGGAUGGGAUGAACAACAUGACAGGUGACCAGAGCCAGCUCUCGCGAUCAAGCAGCAUGGGUCGAAUUGACGAUGGGAAUGCAGACCGGAGGAACAUGAACGGCCCUGUUAUGGGCGGCUCCCAGCAGUACGGCGGCGACGUGUCCAGUUCCAUGGCCAACCAGCAGAUGCCGACCUACAGCAUGCCUCCUGGUCAGAAUGGUAUCCCCAUGUACGGCGGUUCCAACCCGAACCAACAACCUGGCCUUGACUGGUCCCAGGUCUUCCAGGCUGACCGCAACCAAGGCCGAGCCUAA